AUGCAUCAAAUAACUCACACAGGGGAGAAACCUUUUGAAUGCUCAGUGUGUGGAAAGAGAUUCAGUCGGAAGAACUAUCUUCAAUUGCAUCAAAUAACUCACACAGGGGAGAAACCUUUUGAAUGCUCAGUGUGUGGAAAGAGAUUCAGUCAGAGUGGCAAUCUUCAGCUGCAUCAAAGAACCCACACAAAGGAGAAACCUUUUGCAUGCUCAGAGUGUGGAAAGAGAUUCCGUCACAGUGGCAGUCUUCAGCUGCAUCAAAGAAUCCACACGGGAGAGAAACCUUUUGAAUGCUCAGAGUGUGGAAAGAGAUUCAGUCGGAGUGGCAGUCUUCAGCUGCAUCAAAGAAUGCACACGGGGGAGAAAACAGCAUCUGAGAACCCAUCAGGGGAGAAACCUUUUGAAUGCUCAGUGUGUGGAAAGAGAUUCAGUCAGAGUUGCCAUCUUCAGGUGCACCAAAGAACCCACACAGGGGAGAGACCUUUUCAAUGCUCAGUGUGUGGAAAGAGAUUCAGUCAGAGUGGCUGUCUUCGACAGCAUCAAAUAACUCACACAGAGGAGAAGCCUUUUGAAUGCUUAGUGUGUGGAAAGAGAUUCAGUCAGAGUGGCUAUCUUCGACAGCAUCAAAUAACUCACACAGGGGAGAAGCCUUUUGAAUGCUUAGUGUGUGGAAAGAGAUUCAGUCAGAGUGGCCAUCUUCGACAGCAUCAAAUAACUCACACAGGGGAGAGGCCUUUUGAAUGCUUAGUGUGUGGGAAGAGAUUCCAAAAAGCUGAAGAAAACCAGGGUGCACGUACCUUCCUGAUUAAUUGGUUGGCUUCUACUCUCAACCUAGAAAAUGGCGUCGCCCCAAUCAUUGAAACUGCGUUUCGCCUGGGGCCUCCUAAACAGCGCUCAACAGAAUUCCCCCGAGACAUCAUUGCCACCUUCCCCGAUGCCUGCACCAGGGAAAGCAUUUUAGCCAAAGCCCGCUCUGAAAAUGGACUGCUAUUCAACAACAAGAGGAUCCCUGUUCUUUUGGAUCUGUCUCCAGAGACGCUACAACAUCGCAAAGAACUGCGCCCGAUCGUCUCCUGCCUGAUAGAAAACAAAAUCCGCUUCAGAUGGUCUACUCCAGUCCAACUUCUCGUGGUGCCCCAGGGCCAGCGCCUGACUGCCUCCAAUCCUGCUUCUGGGCGGGAGCUUCUUGCCUCUCUCCGCCUUGAACGGCCUGCCUCGUCUUCUUCCGAACGGACGGACUCCUCUGCCAGCCAGCUCGGGCUAGAACGAUCGUCUUCAAGCCAUCGAAGGAAGCGUUAA